GUUGAUGGUGUGUCUUUAUCAUAUUCAUCUCUACCAAAUGAAGGUUUUGUAAAAAUUACAACUGACAGUGGGAUCAAGAAUGUUUGUUGGCGAAGUUUAGGAAACGCAAAGGAUGUUGUUUGUCGUCAAUUGGGUUACAAAGAAGCACACUCACUGCUUCAAAAAGCUGCUCCAUCGGAUUUAAAAGAUGAAAUAUUUUCCGGAAGUAUAGUGUGUAAUGAUGGUGAUAAAAAAUUAUCUCAAUGUUUGGUUACCACUUCUUCCCAAAGUUGUUCGAAGUUCUCGUACUUAAAAUGUAAGUUUUCACGAAAAAGGAUCACGAUCAUGUGACUAAGUGUCGAAGAGCAGAAAGAAUGAAAGAGAUAAAAAAACGUUCGUAAGAUUUAACUUUCAUAUUUUAGGUCAUAUUUGUGACAGACCUCUGUUAGAAAAUAAACAAAGAAUCCUAGAUUCGUCAUUCACUGCCUCAGCUUCUUCAGAAAGUCGCAGUCCCUCUGAUGCAAGAAUAUCUAGUGGCAGUUCUUGGUGUGCUCCUGUCUCGGAUGGCAAACAUUAUCUUCAAGUGGACUUAGGAAGACUUUAUGUGAUAUAUAAUUUCGUAACAUUUGGAGAUAGUACCAGUUCCAAGUGGGUGGUCACAUAUAAUUUGAAUUACACUGUUGAUUUGACAAAUGGGAGAUCAGUAUGGAACCAAAUGGUAAUUGCUUCAGUAGGCUAUAUAUUAUUUUGCAGGUUACUCAUUUUAUAACUUAUAGUUUGUUGUAUGACAGAACGGUUUAACUUAAAGAAAAGAAUUAUAUUUGGUCUUUAGACAUUUCAAGGAAACAAAAAUGCUUACAAUCAUGCAGCCAUACAAGAUUUCCCUAGAGGAACAAGAGUAAGAGUUGUACGAUUUAUUCCAUUUUCAUAUGUUGGUCAACCGUGUAUAAGAAUUGAAAUCUGUGGCACUAGUAAGUUAUUUUUCUUUUGCCGUUAAAGAGGAUAUAAAUCAACAGAUGAAAUUAUUUUUAUUAUGAUGUAAUUGAUUGUCAUUUAACAUUGACACACAAAUCAUUUACUGAUGUUUUACUCAAUCUCCGAUACCCUCAGUCUUUUUUAGGUGUGCCCAUAGCAUGUGUAUCUUGGCACACACAGAUGAAAAUGUUAUUUUACUAUAAUUCGUUUCUUUCUAGCUCUGUUCCCAGAUAAACCUACAGACCUUACGGUGACUAAUAUCAAGGCAAGAAGUGCUGAAAUAUCUUGGCUAGAUCCAGAGAACACAGGAGAUGGAAAUCUUACAGGAUUUUGGAUUCAACUGAAAAAAGAGAACUCCCUCAUCCAGAAUAUUACCAAAGAUAAAAACAAUGAAUGCGAUUUAGAUAAUCUGACACCAUACACUACAUACAAAAUAUCAGUCGCUGUUCGACAUAAACAUGGUUUUGGUGAAGAGACUGUUACUUCGUUCUUAACAUUGGAGGAAGGUAUAAGAAUGAGAUUCUGUCAAUGCUUUAAAUAUGGCCGGUUCUUUUAGGGAGUUACGUUAGAUUGGAAAUACUGGUUACGUUAGAUUGGAACAACAAUUGAUGUUAUGUGGCCACAAUUCGUUUGACGUUCAGCAGAAUAGUCGUGCGUAGUUACCUGCCCUCAUACAUGCACACUGUCAAAUGAGACCAUAUUGUCGUACCCAUCUCAUCUCAUCUGACUUUUAGCUCCAGAAGGUCCUCCAUUGAAUGUCACAGUGAUUGCAGAAAGCCCAUCAUCAUUAUCUGUCACGUGGAAACCUCCUGAAAAAGACAAAAGAAAUGGCAUUAUCGUCAGUUAUACUGUGUGUAUCUCACAUGAAGAAAGUAAACCUUGUUUUAAAGAGCAAACUACAAAGGAAAAGAUGUUAGUUAUCGCAAGUUUGAAUGCUUCAACAAAAUAUUAUGUUCGUGUUCUUGCAAGUACUAAAGUCGGUUCUGGAAACUACAGUGAAAGUAAAGGAAAAUUUACAAAUGGAAGUAAGUUCUGCUCGCUAUUGACCGAAGCUUUACAACCUUCAUUCUUUUGGUAUCUUUACUCAACCCAUUCAUGUUAUCUGUAUUACUAAAACUUACAAUAAAUUGCAAUCAACGCAAUGCUCCAAAAUCUGAUAUUUGUUAAUUUCAGCUUAGAUAAUUAAUUAAUUAGCCCUACUCUAGCUCUCUGCCUCUAGUCUAGAUUUAUUAAUGCUACAUAUUUAACGAAUUGAUAUUUUUCUUUUUAGAACAACCAAAAAUGGCCACAAAUAGAACAGAAAGUACACUAACUUUCCCAUUGCAGAUUCCCACACACAAUUUUACGUAAGUUCCGUUUUGACGUUACUUUAUUGACAAUAAUGAAUCUGAAGAUUAGAUACAUUUUAUUGGUGGUUGUGUAUUGCAUAUAAGGUUCCGUAUUUUGCAAGAUUUCCAUUACUCAAAACUAUAUUUCACAAUUGGACAUACAAAAAAACCUCACUGGAAAAGGUCUCACUUUCGUAAGUAGUGUCUAAGGUUCGACACAAUAUGAGCUCCAAAAAGACACAAAAGUCUCACUGAAACCUUCUUGCAGUAACGACUACCUACGGUGGAAUCCAAUUUUACAUAAGAGUGCAUGUAGUGUAGUGUAUUUGAUAAUUAUCUAUCAUAUAUGAAUAUUUUUUAGGCAUUUUUACGUCGUCCCUUUGAAAUUAAUAGACGGGAAGCAAGGUCGAUCUCCAGACAGUUAUGAAAACAACGAGUUAGUAACGCACACUGAGGCAAGAACAUCAACCGUCCCGAAACCUUUUAUCGCUGCAGUAGUAACAUCAAAGGAUGAAAACAUGUUUGUACUUGGUGAUGGCAGAAAUACAAGUAAUCCAACAUCACGAAGACCAACCUCGAGUGAUUAUUAUAAUGGUCCGUUGGAACCUGGCACUAGUUACAGUAUUUUUCAAAGGAUUUUUAUUAAUAACAAGGUAAAAAGUUCUGAACGAUGUUACUGACUACAAAGUACAAACAUUAUUGACUGACAAAAUUCUUGGGUUUCACUACGGCAUUAUUGCAGUGAAUCUGACGGGGGGUCAACCUCAAAUGUAUUGGUGCUUAUGCUGUACUGGAGUGAGAAAAUGAUACGAAAUUCCAUGUAUUUGUCACCAAACACAAGGCUAAUAUUAACAUAAAACGAGCAAUGGACUCACUCUGAUAACUGUGUUUUGUUUUAGAGUUGACCCCCCGUCACUUUUGUGACGUCAUAUGAAACCCAAGAAUAACUUAAAGUAUCACCACAAGUGGUAACUGACGAACGAUGAAACAGCACUUUAGUAUACACAUUCACCACACUGAGAACUUGAAUGCUAUCCAUAACAUUACUCUGUUCGUUAUUAUGUCAUUCUAGGGUGAUUAUUACUCCACAGAUUGGAGCCCUGUUUCAAAAACAGUCGGAAAAGAAAGGCUAUCAGGUUCAGGAACGCGUAGGAAUUGUAAAAACUUAUAGUGAUAAUAUCUCACUUUACCACGCAUCAGUUUAACUGACUAGAGAUCACUAGAUUCCAACAUAAACACAUAGAUCACAUAAUAGUAAUACCUCAAAGAGAGGUUUUAUAACAGUUUUAUAUGUAGUAAAACCGAGGAUAUGGUUUUGUGUAUUCAGAAUGGGAUUCACUGUGGCUAUCUUUAUUCCCUUAUAGAAGGCAGUAAUGUCGGCGUUAUUGUUGGUGCAAUAGUUGGUGUCUGUGUUCUUAUUCUUGUAACACUAGCAAUAAUUAUGUUCAGAAGGUAAUCACGUUGAAAAUCAGAAUAAAAUAUAUCCACCGUGUGUACCAACUGUCACCCAUUUGUUGCUAUAAUCUUCUUCUUAAGGCCAUACAAAUUUUGUCAUCCUAUAUUUCAGACGAAAGGAUAAGCAACAUUCUGAACCAGAUUAUCAACUGGAGGAAGAAGUUGAUAAACGAAGUUGUCCCGCGGUGAUGAAUGAUGCAUUUUGUGAUUACAAUGAUUCUAUUGAAGUGGAGCAGAAUUCUGACGAUGGUGAUGAUACAGUUGAUGAUAGAGUCGAGGUAGAAGUCAACAACACAGAUCCCGAUGAUUUUUAUGCCAACAAAGAAGGUGAGUCUUUGGGAACAAAUUUAUCACAGCUGAUACUUUUAAUAGACUGUCUAUAUAAUACUUCGUCUAAUGCCGUUAACCUUAAAAAAAUUUCAGGUAUAGCUGCGCGAGUACACAACCCUAUUCCAGUAGAAGAAUUCAACGAUCACGUGAACCAUCUGAGAAAGAACGAUAACAAAGAAUUCAAGAUGGACUUUGAGGUGCGUUUCUAAUGACUGUUUUUUAAUUCAACGUUUGCAGCAAAAUGCAUGUCUUCAUUAGCAAGUUAGUAAUAAUAAUAUUAAUAAUAAUGCACUUUAUUUUCAAUUUUUCAUAAUUUAAUUGGGUGACUGGAUUUACACAAAGUAAUUUUCGCCCAGACCUAACAUUUUUGAAAGGGGUUAAUAAGUUCUUCAUAUAACCAGGACAUAAGUUCUUUAAUGAUUUAAAAACCAGUAGACAACGGAAAUAUUUGAUGCGUUCACCUAUGGGUAACCAACCAAGCUGUAGAAACAACGGUAAUGAAUGUGCUUUUCUGUCAGUAUCAAGGACAUGUGCUGCUCUUUCCGUGCUGCUCUUUUCUGCAAUUUUAAAAUUUUGUCUAAGUUCUUCUGACAGGUGUUUCCCCAGAAAACACAGCAAUAGUCUGUUAUUGAUAGAAUUACACAAUUGUAGAAAGCCAUCCUUGCCCGAAAUGGUAGAAAAUGUCUUAUCCACAGUCGCUGUGAGACUCUUUUGCAUAGCAUGUCAAUGUGGUUACUCCAGUUCAAAUUUUGGUCAAAAUGAACACCUAGCUGCAGCUUAUCGUUAUCUGUGGUCUUAACCUGUGAGCCAUAUAGAUCAAGGUUAAGGUUUCCUUGAACUUUAAACUUACUUCCAAUAACCAUGUUUUUCGUCUUCUCCGUGUUUACUACCAUCCUGUUUUUUUCUGACCACUUCACCACUGGUUGCAAAUCACUAUUCAGUUUAUGUUCCACAUCCUGUAAGUUAUAUCCACAUAUUGUGUCGCGUCAUCAGCAUACAGAUCAAUUCCGGCGUCGUUCAAAUGUAGAGGUAAAUCAUUCAUGUAGAGAAUGAACAACAAAGGUCCCAAUAUCGAUCCUUGUGGAAUACCAGAAGUAUACUAUGUUAGCUUUGGAAGACAGGUUAUUGUCCACAGAUACUUGAAAUUGCCUAUCUGUAAGAUAUGAACUGAACCACGAUAUUGCAUUGUCAUCAAGACCAUGGAGUACUGCUAACUACAUAGAGUUCAUUGUAGUACCUACACGGCAAAAAACACCGAGCCCGUUGCUCAACAGGACUGAACAAUGUUUUGCUGCCCACGUUGUUCACACUUGUCAACAAUAUUGAACAAUGUUGUUGAGCCUGAAUCGUGUGUAACAAUAUUGUUCAAUAUUGUUGACAACUGUGAACAAUGUGGGCAGCAAAACAUUGUUCAAUCCUGUUUUCAUCAGUAUUGCAUCAACCUGAGCGUUUUUUGCCGUGUACUACAUAGUGUAGUAGGUACUACUAACAUGCAGAUGGUAGGGUCCUUUGCUCAUUACGUCGAAGUUGAUUUCUUGAAGUAAUUCAAACAAAAACCCCAGCACCUUUAAUAAUCUGUGAUAAUUGCAUUUCAAAUUUCAGGACUUACCGACCGGUCAUAUUUCCAACUGCGAUAUCGCAAAACAAUCAUUCAACAUUCCCAAAAACAAAUAUGGAAACGCAGUAACAUGUAAGUUAGAUUUGAUAUUUCGAUGUUCAAUAAAUGAAGUUCGUUUGCCAAAUAUGUUUCUUGGUCAUUUCAGAUAAUCACUCACGUGUCAUACUGUCUGGAGACGAGAAAACUGACUAUAUUAAUGCCUCGUUCAUCAAUGUAGGUGCAAACAUGGAGAAGAGUAAUGUAUUGUUCACAUGAAGGUUUUUCAAAAAUUUUGUUUGACCAUUGAUAGUUUUUUAUGACUUUUUAAUAACUGUUUUUGCAGGGAUUGGCUAAGAAGUAUUACAUCGCGACACAAGGUACUGUGUAAAAGACGCAUUUGACUCGAGCUGAUGACAUUGUAAACUCCGUGUCACUGUAGCUGUAGUAUACUGCGUCUUGGUACUCGUGCAACAAUUGAUAAAUAUUUUUAUACGAAAAGAAGUACAAUUGAAAAUUAUUCUAAAUUCUUCCUACAUUGCUCUUUCCAAUGCAAUCUCGUGAGGUUCAACAUGUUUUUUGUUUUCUUAGGACCAAAACCCAAAACAGUGAACGACUUCUGGAGGAUGAUCUUUGAACAUAAAUGCCCAACUAUUGUCAUGUUGACGACAUUGAAGGAAAUGGGAAAGGUUGUGUAUAAAAGACUUUUUGCUUCAGUUAAAUCUCAAACAAGCAACAAGGACGUAAAGAGGUCAACUCGUACACCCCCACACGCUUCAGUCUUGGUAGUCUCCACGUUUUUCACACUUGCAUUUUCUGAUGAACAACUGCAUCUGUCUUCUCCUUCCACCUUCAGGAACCCACUCCUUUCUUGGAAGACAUGGCCAAACCAAAUAAGCCUGUUACUCCUCAGUUUCUUUCUUAAAUGUCCUUGUAUCUUUAAUUCAAUAUAUCCAUCAUGAAAAUGCCCUGUAUAUUCAAAAUAGUAAAUAAUUAAGAAGAGGAUCUUUUUUUAACGUCUCUUUCUUCUUGAAGACAAUGUGCGAGAAAUAUUGGCCUGAAGAAUCUGAUAUGUAUGGAGAUAUUAAAGUGACUGCUGAACAGACAAAAACGUUUGCUGAUUAUGUUACCCGGACUUUUAUCGUCGAGAAGGUAAUGUUAGCUUUAAAAUGAACUUGUUCUCAAUUUAUGCUGCUUAUAGAAUGUAAUGAACAUACUGUAAGCACAAUCUAUGUUUGCCAAAUAAAGUUUUCAAAGGAAACAUUUUUAUCUAGGGUGGUGAACAGCGUGGAGUGCAACAAUUCCAUUUUAUGUCAUGGCCAGACUACGGCGUUCCUCUCUAUCCAACACAGAUCUUGACGUUCAGAAGACAUUUUAAGUCUUUUCACGAGACUAAAACCGGACCAGCUGUGAUUCAUAGCAGGUAAGCGAUGGUGACAAUCCAUUGGAUACAUUAGGGGAGACAGCUGGGGUGGAGGAACGGGAAAGGAAUUAAUGUAGCAAGAAGAGAGAACCAAAAAAGUAAGGAAAAGGGAAGGACGGAAGGUAAAAAGGAAGAAGGACAAUAGAAUCGAAAGAUAGAUGAAUAGAAAGAAAAGCAAGAAAAUAGGAUAGUAAACAUUCACCAAAGAAUAUCGUUAUAAAAAAUUUCAUUUUCCUCGCAGUGCUGGGGUAGGUCGUUCAGGAGUGUUCAUUGCUGUGGACAAAAUUUUGGAUGAUCUUGACAAAGAAAAGAAAGAUACCAUAGAUAUCUUUGGUUUUGUGAAGGACAUGAGAACAAGACGUGCCAACAUGGUGCAAACUGCGGUAAGCAUUUAUCAGAUUGUUUGGAAUCAAAGUUUUCUUCAGAACUCUCGCAAGUCUAUGACAUUCCAAUAACAAAUAGCCAGUCUGUAGUAUGUGCCAGGGCCCUAUACUAAGUACAAAUUCACUUGGCAGCAGAUGAAUCCUGUGCACUGAAAGGGUCAUUACAUUACCCAUCCCUUCUAUACACUUUAUAGGAACAAUAUGUGUUCAUUCAUGAUGCGAUCGUUGAUCACCUCAAGUGUGGAGCAAAUGAAGUUGAAGCAACUCAGAUUACGACUGAGAUUACAAAUUUGUUGAAGAAAAACGACAAAGGCGAAACAGGAUUUGACGAGGAGUUUAAGGUAUGAAGACCGCGUUAAGUACAGGAUGUUGCCGUCUUUUUGUACUGCACUAUCAUUGUAAGACUCAUUCUACAGGUCUUAACAAACCAGACAACAUUGCUUCAACCAGCAAAAUAUUAUAACACUUAGUAAACACAUCAUGUUUCUGAAAUUGUGGGAAAACCUUUUGCUGCCAGAAAGCAAGUUUUAUUUUAUGCAGCAAUAUUUCCAAAAGUAGCCAAACAGGAAAACAUUGUCCAAGUUAACAUGACAGUACUUUUCAAAUGAUUCAAUGUUUCCAAAGGAGGACAAACAGGGAACAAAUUAACAGUGUUUUCUACUGUCUUAUACAGCGUUUGAACACAGUCACACCACAGUUGGUGAAAGAGAAAUGUGAAGCUGCACUUCUGGACCAAAACAGAAAGAAAAACAGAACGUCUGAAAUUUAUCCAAGUAUGUAAGAAAUGAGUUUCCAAGUUCCAUAUUUAGAACAAAUUUUUCAACCCUACAAUCAGGAAUUUAAAUUUACAGUUUGAAUACAUAACAAGGAAUACGAUUACCUGUUCCAGUACAUCUCUUAAUUCAUAUACCGUUCACCAUAUUUUUCCAGCUGAAUCUGGUCGUCCAUAUCUCAAACAUAUUGACAAUGUUCAGAACUCGGAUUACAUAAAUGCUUGUUACGUUGAUGUAAGUGUGUUAAUGACAAUGUCUUCCUGAAUUAGAAUACGUGGUUAUGUGUUUAUCAACGUAUAGGUUGGAAACAUUUUUGUCAAUGCCGACUGCUGCCUUUGUGGCCAAUUUUUUAACUUUAUAGUCAACAAGAAGACAUAUUUCUUAUUCUUUUUGCCUUUCAACCUCUUUAGGGAUAUCUUGUCAAGAAUUACUUUAUUGCAACACAAACACCUCUUGAGGAGACAAUUAAUGAUUUCUGGAGGAUGGUACUGCAACAUAAGUCCUCGACAAUAGUCAUGUUAAAUCAACUACGAGAAGGUGACGAGGUUGGUGAACCCGCACUGCCUGACUUUGCAGGCUUGGAAUACAAAGAUAUUCUGGCUCUGUACUGACUGUUAAGGUUUUCAUAACUUGUGGUACAGGAGGUCUUUGGAAUCGAACUGUUAGGUCUAACCCUUGAGGACCCCGGGUAGCUGCAGGAAUUAGAUUGGGCCUGUUUUCUUCACUGUUGUGUCCUCUACCUCAUCAAGAUGUACAUAACCAACAUUUCUGCCUUCGUUUUAGGAAUACCCGAUGUUCUGGCCAACCCAGAGAGCCAAACCUCAGUCGUUUGGACCCAGUACAGUAAUGUUAGACUCAUUUGUGAAGAAAGAAAAUAUUGUCAUCAGAAAAUUCGUCGUUUCUCCGUCAGUUGUAAGUAUACACUUGAGAAUAGAGGAUCUCAAGUCUCAGCCAGUAACUUAUUUCAAACAUACUAAACCAGCAAUAAUAAUAAACCAGCAGAAAUAAUAAACCAGCAAUCUAUUCUUUCAGGAUUUGAAAGAAGAUCGUAUGGUGCGAUUGAUUCAGUACAUGUCCUGGCCAGACCAUGGAGUGCCAAAAGAUGUUGAUGAUAUUGCGAAAAUUUUGUCUGAAGUUGAAGAAUCUCAGAGAGCGGCAGAGGGAAAAGGACCUGUCACUGUCAUUUGCAGGUAAUGAUUAACCACUAACAAUGGAUUAACUUAACUAAUGGUCAAUCAAUCAACUUAUACAAAGAAUCAAUGAAUCAGUUAAUUAGGAAACAUCACCAAAUAUUUAAUCAUUCAAUCUAUACCAAUCAACUUGUUAAAUAAAUAUCAGUUAAUUGUGGUUGUGAUUGAAUCAGCUGCGCAGAAGUUUGAGUGCAGAUAAUUCGAGAUUUUUAAUCGUACCUGACUGGUAUUUCAAUGAUUGUUGCCGCGUACUUGCGCUGGCACAAACUUAAGAGACUUAAGAAUGAUGUUCAUGAAGUACACGUUUCUGAAAGGCAUUCAUUCAGGAACUUGAAACUACGAGUAUAUGUCUUAAUCAAAUAUGAAUACAUCACACAAUUACGCCUAGCUAAACAAUUCUGCUGACCUAUAUUUUUCUUCUAGUGAUGGUGCGGGAAGAAGUGGAACCUACAUCGCAAUUUCUAAUCUUGUGGACAGAGUGAAAGUUGUUCAAGUCAUUGACGUCUUUCAGUAUGUUAAAUUGAUCCGCAUCAAACGUCCACAGUUUGUUGAAACAGCGGUAAGUUAUGAUGAGAAGAUAUUUACAGACUUUAGACCUUUAAAAGAAACUGUUAAUGUUGUACAAUUCUAUUUUCAGUGGGCCAUCUUUGCGGCUGUUUUUCAUACGUGCGCGUGUACGCAUGCACGGAAAAGUUUAAAUCCUUUUAAUCCUUUAGUUAAAAAUUUUACUUGUCAGAUAACUAAUUGAAUAAAAGGAUAGAAUUUAGUUUCCUGUAUGAUUUAAUAUGCAUUUGUCGAGGUAAUUAGUACUAAUAUAAAAUUUAGAACUUUUCCAUGCCUACACGCACGUGUGAAAAACGAUUAACAGGAAACCAGCCUUUAAUCCAAUUAACUUAUAGUGGGUCCCCCUUUUAACCAAUUAAUUUAAGUUACAUUGUGUGCCGUAUACUUUAUUAGUUUACUCUAGCUAGCUGUCUAAUGCCAGACAAUUUUACUUGUCAAUUGUGUUUUUUACUUCUCAGGCUCAAUUUAAGCUGUGUUAUGAUGCAGUCACAAGUGUGUUGAGAUCAUUUGAAGAAUAUUCAAACCACACAUCCGACCUGCAAAAUUAUAGUACUUCAUUCGUAUGAAUAUACUCACAUACCUUCUAACUAACAUGCUAUUGUAAACAUUUCUAGAUCAUUAAAUAGAAGUGUUAUUACUAGUAUGUUUAAUAGGUUAAGUCUUACGGCGGUCAGCACUGCUACUGAGUAUAAAGGAGUAAACCCAUAAAUGCAAAAGUAAUGUAGCUUAGGAAGAAGUAAAAGGGUUUUCUCGUCGAAAACCAUUGUAGAUUAUAUAUCCAUAGAAAUGGUAUAUAGAAAUUGCAUUGUACGCAAAAUGGACACAUGGAGUGCAGUUUAACUCUAAUUUAACCGUUCGUAUAUACAUAUUUCGCCAUUUAAUAGCAACAUAACUGUUCGUUAUAGUUUCUUAUUUAGAAUUAGAAAACUUGUAAAACAACCGGUAAUAAAUGAAUGUUUAAUGUGUUAUUACAAUAUUCAGUGUUUAUUUUUACAGUAGUUUACCAUAAACAUAUGUGCCUUUAUCAUGAAAGGGCGAUAACAGGGUGACAUGAAAACGAUAUCGUCACUGAUAUCGUUUUUGCAUCUACUGAUUUUUAAUCAGUAAAGCCAGGGCUCGAAUUUUAUCGCGGCAAUUGCCGUAGAGGGAGAACAAAAUGCCGUGGAUCAUUGCGGCAACGACGGCAAUUUUUUGCCGUAUAGUACAAUUUUUAUACUAUUCACUGUGCAUUACUACUUUGAUACUUGAAUUCAGAUGUUGAUCAAAUCAUGCGUAAAUCACUAUUUUAGUCUCAGUUUUCUUCGGGAAAAAAAAAACACUAAAGAAAUACGUAGACAUGUUUCUAGAAAAAUGCCGUGGAAACUGCCAAAAUUGCCGUAGACAGCUGUUACGUUCUACGGCAAUUUUUAACGCCAUUGCCGUCGAUUGAUUUCAGGGAAAUUCGAGGCCUGGUAGAAGCAUUGCCGGCAGGACUAAAAUACGUGGAUGUCGGGAACGGUCGCAAAUUUGAUGACGUAUUAAUGUAAUUAGAGAGCGAAAGUCUGUUAUCUACGGUUAGUUCCGCUGUUGUCCAUAAAUGGUUUUGUCAAUAACACGAGUACAAUAAAAUGGUUUUGUCAACGCGAGUACAAUACGAAGAAUGCUGUAUAACUGUUUUUUGCUGCAUGUAAAAUAGAAUUCAGUUCUAUUCAGUAAGAAUAGAAGUUUGUCGCUCUAAAUAUUACGAAGCGAAGGUCAAACAUCUAAAAAGUUGCAAAUCAUCCGACUGGUGGAGUGAAGUCAAGAAAUUGAGUGGCAUGAACUCAGCUUUCAAGUAGUUUCAACUCCAAAAAUGAGGUGUAUAAUCGUUAGAAAAUCUAAAUGAGACAGCUAGUGUCUCUACCAAACAUCUUGCUGAUAUUAUCAAUGGAAUCUUUUCCCAUGAAUGACUAGUCUCUCCUUUUAGCGAUUGACUUUUUCGCUUGUACUUAUUUCGGCAGCGAUGAACCUGCUUUUACGGUUACAGAGCAGGAGUUUGUGAAAUUGUCAAAAGUGAAUCCAGCCAAGGCCAAUGGUCCGGAUGGGAUACCCAGCUGGGUUCUGAAGGAAAACGCUGAUCUGCUGGCCGAUCCUGUAAAGAGAUUUUCAAUGACCUUCACCACAGAGUUUUUGACCUUCACCAACAGAAUUUUUGGCGGGAAGAUUUGUAAUGUUUGGAGAAUACAAGAUGGCGCCGCGCCGGUUACUUUGUGUGAUCAAAGGGCAUUUUUGUUCACAAAUACCCACUUCUUUUACGUUAAAACGACUGAUUAG